GUGUGUUAAAUGGCGACGGAGGAGCUCCUCCUCAACGCUCUCUCUCUUCCAAAGAUCUCACGCUAUUCUUCGUAGCCUCUCUUCCUUAGUUAUUUGGAUAUCUGGAUUUGGGUAUUUGAGUUUUUUCCUUUUUUUCCCACUGUGUAAUGGUAGUUGUGGAGGUUGAGGUGAAGGAGAAGAAGAAGGAGAAGGAGAAGGAGAAGAGGAGAGGUAGUGGUAUUGGUAUUGGUGGGUUUUGGUUUUGGUGGACUGUGACAUUGGUAUGUCUUGUGGAGGCGGAGAGGACAAGCAAUGGGGUUGUGGGAAAUCUGGUGCCACUGUUAAUUUGCAAAGAGUUGGUUCAAUUGUCCGUGACAUUAGUGACCCAUGCCUCUCGCAGUCGCCAAUAAAGGUGGUUAUAGCUGUGAACAAAAUGCUUAAACCGGAGAAGUGGCAGGCCACAUUUGAUAGCGAUGGGAAGAAUUUUUGUUUUCAGAAGGCACUCAAAUUAAUAGUAUUGGGGGGCGUUGAUCAAUCUAUAAGGCCAGAAGUGUGGGAAUUUUUACUUGGUUGUUAUGCUCUGGGUAGUACUGUGGAGUCUCGAAGGCAGUUGCGGACAGCCCGGAGGGAACGUUAUAGGGACCUGAUUAAGCAGUGCCAAAUGAUGCAUUCAAGCAUUGGAACUGGUUCACUUGCUUAUGUUGUUGGGUCCAAGGUUAUGGAUGUUAGGGCACCGUCUAAAGAUGACGAAGGGGGGGAAGCUAAAGUUGAACAUAGACAAACUUCUUUUGAUAAUACUAACAAAGUAGAGAACUAUUGUGAUAGGAAUAAUAAUUGUACAGAUACAUCAUAUGCAUGCCAACAAGAGAGUUCUAGUGAGUCGGCUGACCUUGUCAGCGUGAGGGAAAGCACAGAUAGUGCAGCAUAUGAUUCUUCUUGUUUCAUACAUACUUCUAGUCCACAUGACUGCAGCUCCCCAAAGCUCGGGAGAGAAGCAGAUGGAACAAAAUAUGUACCAAAAAGUUAUUUUGAAUAUCCUACUUUACCGGUCACUGAUUUGUUUGAAAAGUGUGAAGAAGAUGAUGAAGGUCGCGUGUCUGAUGAUAAACUUUCUGCGCAAUGUAAGUCAAGGUUGAAAAAGGACAGCAUGCACAGUUUUCAAGUCAAUAACAAUGUAGAUUUAGUUAUUGAAUCAAAUUGCUCACCAUCCAAGAAUGUUUCACGCACCAUUAACUCUGAAAUUGAAAUGGUUCGUACUGAUGCCCAUCAUUCAGUAUUGCAGUCCAAUAAUAUGGGUAAUAAGAAAGAAAUAGUUAACAGGAUGAGAAUAUCAGAUGUACCAGAUACAGAAUUUAGAAAUACAACAAUGUCUCAAGGAGGGACUGUGAGUGAAGACAGAGUAUCUGAAUGGCUUUGGACUCUCCACCGAAUAGUUGUUGAUGUGGUAAGAACAGACAGUCAUCUUGAAUUCUAUGAGGAUGCAAAAAAUUUAGCAAGGAUGUCAGAUAUUCUUGCUGUUUAUGCGUGGGUUGAUCCAGCAACCGGAUAUUGUCAAGGUAUGAGUGACUUGCUGUCUCCAUUUGUCGUCCUGUUUGAGGAUAAUGCUGAUGCGUUUUGGUGCUUUGAGAUGCUUCUAAGGAGAAUGCGGGAAAAUUUUCAGAUGGAAGGACCAACUGGGGUAAUGAAGCAGUUGCAAGUAUUGUGGAAUAUCUUGGAACUCACAGACAGGGAAAUGUUUGCACACCUGUCACACAUAGGUGCUGAAAGCCUUCAUUUUGCAUUUCGGAUGCUGCUGGUACUCUUCCGUCGGGAGUUAUCGUUUGAUGAUGCUCUUUGUAUGUGGGAGAUGAUGUGGGCUGCUGAUUUUCAAGAAUCCUUGGCUUACAAUUUAGAGGACAGCUGUCUAGAAGCCUUGGUGGUACAGCUUCCUAGGGAUUUGGAAGCAGAAAUGAGGGGUGAAAGUGUGGAGGGUGGUGGUGAUAUGAAGGGCGGCUCACAUUCAAAUCAUGGAAAUCCAGAACAGUCCAUGUCUGACACUGGAAUAAAAUCAGCAUCAACUUAUCAUUUUUGUGGGUUGACAAGGAAUUUUUGGUCAAAGAAUGAUCGCAUGCACAUCUGCACUGCAGUCUCAUCAACUAGGAAUGGGGAUGAUGAGUUACCAGUCUUCUGCGUUGCUGCAAUCCUCAUCAUGAACCGCCAGAAAAUCAUUCGCGAGACACGCUCAAUUGAUGAUAUGAUAAAGAUUUUCAAUGAUAAUUUGCUGAAAAUCAGUGUCAAAAGAUGCAUCCGCACAGCGGUCAAGCUUCGGAAGAAAUAUUUCUACAAGGUGGACAGGUUGGCUUAUUGGUCCUCCCAGUUAUGCUCAUUGGGUGCUUGGUGGUAAAAAAAGGGCCCAUGACUCAGGCCAAAGCCUGGUUGGGUCAUCUGAUGGGACUGAAACACAGGCGGCCACUAACAGAAAUGGACAGAAACGACCAUUUUGUUGCAUGAAACUGUGCAUAUUGCUUUGUGGAUGCUCUUUUUGAAACUUAACUUCUGCUUGAACCAGCUUAUCAAGAAAAACAGCCCCUCAGCCCGGAAUGGUGACUAGGAUCUUUUCAAUCCCAGAUAGCACGGUGAUGACACUCUGAUCUGAUUACACUCGCAAGUUCAAGCUGAAGCGCCAUUGCUGUUUGUAGAUUGGUCCAGUUAUUUGCACUUAUGUUGUCUGCUUCAAAUUUUUUGCAAGCCAGCUGAGAGAUUCUAAAGAGGGAAGAAGUUUCUCUGUUUUCGUGCAUGGAGGUCUAACUGCUUAGCUUUGGCGGAUACCUGUUACAGGUUUGACGAACAUGACUAUUUUUCAAUCUUGUAAUCUUCAUUACAUCAUAUUUUGAAGAGCAAACUUGGUGCUGAGAGUUCUAAUAUCUUGUGGACUUGAGAAUGUGAUUACUUUGAGAGAGAGAUGUAUUGAUAGUUAUACAAAAAUAUCAUAUGCUGAGA